AUGGCCGACCCAGGGCGAGCGACUACAAGUCAACAUCUGCAGCGCCUCAACGGCGCAAUUGAGGAAAUCGAAGAUGUGCGUACCGGAUGUGAGACAAACCUCAAGAAAACGACGCAGGCUCUGCGUUAUCUCCUAGAGGAAAACAAAGCCUUGAGGGCGGAGUUGAAGGUUGUUGUGGACAGGUUGGCCUUCGUGGAGGCAGUCAUGGACAUUGAGGAAGAGGGAGGGAACGAAGACAGGGCAGAGAGAGCGGGCAUAGGGACAGGCGAGGGCACAGGCGAGGACAUAGGCGAGGGCACAGGCAAUUUGGCGUCGGAACCAGUCCUGGAUAGCAAAGCGGUGGCCAACGAGACCAAGUUCGGAUACAUGGCGCACGAGUACAGGACUUAUUGCAAGGAGCAAGCAGUCCAGGUGGGGCAGGCAGGCGAAGGUGGGGCAGAUGAUGAGGAUGCCUUCGGACCAGACCGGGGAGAGGAUGAGGACGCUGUAGAAGGGGAGACAGAGGCAGCGCGGCUGCAACGCAGUAUCCGGCGCACCCGUGCAGUUACUGUCGCUAUGCAGCGGGAGAGGAAGGCCAAGGGCACUGCAUGGGACGACCCGAGAUAUGCAGGCGCCUUCUUGGUGAACGCGCAAUCAGAUUACGAAGACGAAUUCAAGGAGGGAGAUCGUCCCGCCGGCGUACCUGUGAAAAGCCGGAACCAGAGUCGACAAGGCUCGGUGACCGAGAAGAACCCAGAGAUGCAGGCGCGCCAAGUGCCGGAACAAGCUCCUGCCCUACGUCGGCGCCGUCAAGUCCCAGAGGAGAAUCAGACCUGA